AUGGCAGAACCGAAAAUUGAAGAGACUCUUGAAGAAAUUACCUUACGUCAUAAAAAAGAACUAAAAGAACUCAAUUCUCAAAUCACCGCUUUAAAAAAAACAGCAACUAAAGGAGAUAAAAAACGCAAAAAAGAAGUUCAAAUUGAAGUCGAAAAACUUGAAAAGGAGUUUCGAAGUAGACAACAAAAUGAGCUGGAAUUGUUCAAAUCUACGAAACCUAUUGCAAAAGAAAAUAGUUCUAAUAAUAAUAACGAUACUUUAGAUUCCAAGCCCAAAAAUUUGGAGGAACGUAAUGAAGACAACCUAGAUGAUGAUAUUACUGAUAUUACUGAUAAAUUACUAGCAAGGUUAGAUUCCAUGCGAAUUGAAGAUGAAAAAAAGGCACCUAUACAGACAGCAAAACUAGCUGAAAUGCAACGUGAAGCCGAAGAAGAAUCUAAAAAUCAGGUCAACUUGAAAGAAGUUGAAUCUAAUGCAAUUAAAGAGAUGGCCACAAAAAUGGGAUUUACUGUUAAGGAGAUUAGUCAUAAGGAUAUAAGAAAGAAUACCGCAAUGUAUAUGCGUAAUAAUACUGAUGAUUUUAUGCCAUUUUUCUCAAAUACACAAGACGGAAAUUUGUUCAGUCUAGAACAAUUUCAAAAUUAUUGUGAUAAUUUAGAAAAUACUGCAUUGUGGGGUGGCGAAAUUGAAAUACGUGCAAUUUCACAGAUUUACGAAAUUCCUAUUCACGUUAUUCAAAUGAAUUCACCCGUGCUGAAAAUGUUUGAUGAAAAAUAUCCUGAUAAAGAACCCAUUAUUAUUUCGUAUCCUUUAUAA